AGGCUAGAAAAACUUGACUUCCGUUUGGAGUGUUUAAACUUUGGAAGCUCUACGAGGUCUCUUGCACUCGCUCCUAAAAUGACACAGUUGUAGCAAUAUGAAAGUUUAUGUAAUAUUUUGAAACUUAAAUAUGAUUUUGGGACAAGCAGUAUUUUUCAUCUAAGGCAAGGGACAUGGAGGAGUACACGAAGUGGCGAAAAAUUUUGUAUGAAGAUCAAGGUGUAGCAGACAACUAUGUACCGCCAUCGUUUUUGAAAGAAUUAAAGAAAAAUUUGCACACACACCAUUAUGACUACUGGACACUCGUGGUGCAAUCUGGGAUUCUUACACAACAGAUUAGUAGCGUUUGCAUCUUUGUGGUUAGCUUCAUCUACAUGGAAGAGAAGAUGCUUUCUCCUCAGACCUUGAUGAUGGGGACUUCUUUUGCCACUGCUAUUCUUUACAUGGUGAAUGAUAUUUUAACUGAAGUGGAACCAGAUGUCAAGCCACAGAGAUCAUAUUUUGAUGAUCUGAAGACAGCUUUGAUGUUUGCCGGCAUCAACUUUGUCCUGUCUCCACUGCUGGUGUCCCUGACGGAGACUGUCAGCACUGACACCAUCUACACCAUGACCACCAUCAUGCUACUAGCUAACCUUGCCUUCCAUGACUACACAGCAGCACCUCACACGGUUCCAGGUGCACUGUCACUGAAUGCUGCCAUCUUUGCCUCAGUGUGUUUGGCAUCCCGGUUACAUACAACAUGGCAUGCUUUUGCAACAGUGACCUUUUCUUUUAAGCUUUUUGCACUGUGGCCUGUGCUUCGGAGGCGACUUCAGAAACACCUGUCGGUUGCUGGUCAAGUGGCGAUGACCUCUGUAAUUUCUGCUGUUACCUUUUGCCUAAUGCUGUCUGUCUCAAAUGUGGGAACAGUUCUGUAUAGCCUCAUUUUCAUCUUUAUCACAUUUGUGUGUCCUGUAUGGCUGAUAAUGCUUCAGCCUUAUAAAAAUAAUAUUUAUGGCCCAUGGGAUGAAGCAGAGAUCAAGGAGGGACAACAAGAAAUGUGAUACAAACUUUUGUCUGUGUUUAAAUGUAUAGGUGCAUGUGUGUAUGUGUGUCUCUCUUCUAUUUGUUAGUGUACGUGUACAGUGGCAAAUUGCUGGUCAGAAACAUGGUUAUAUAACAACCAUGUAGUUUUUCUGUUAAUCAUUGUGAUUGCUUUUAUAUUUACAUGGGGAAGAGAGAGAAGUGUACAAGUGAAGUGUUUAUAAAAGAAAGUCCUUCCAAAUAAAGGGAGAUGAAUUUUGUA